CUCUCUCUCUCUCUCUCUCUCUCUGUGUCUACAAACGACGCAGUGGACAGAGAGAGGCAAUGGACUGUAUUUAGAGCCGCUGCCAGACCGAUGUGACCGGUCGAGAGGCCUCCCCAUCCCCUAAAACCUCCUCCCCUUCCCCUCCCUUUCUUUCUUCUCUCCCCCCCUCUCUCUCUCUCUCUCUCUCUUCCAGUCUCACUCUAUCGGAGCUAGGAGCGGGAGAUGGACUACGGGGAUAAGAGCUCAUCUCCUCGCCGGCGAGCCAAGAGCUCCGAGCUGCCACCCUCCUCCCCCACCUUCUAGAACCAUACGGAACUCUCCAUCUCUCUCCCGCCGACUCCACUUCGCCUUCCAACGUAGCCUCUGCGAUAAAGCUCGCGUCUUGCAGCGGUUUCAGCGAUCCCUCUUUGUGUCGGUCUCCAUUCCAUGAGUCUAAGCUCGCUUCUCGGUCCGUUUCGAUUCCGACGGUAGCGGACGGCGGCGAUGGCUUGUCGCUGGAGAGGAUGGCUGGCGCUUUUGGUUCUUUUCGGGGUUUUGAGCUCCGCCGUCGUGGGCGAUACCGGUACCAACGACGGAGCAACGCUCUUGGAGAUCAAGAAAUCGUUCCGCAAUGUAGAGAAUGUGUUGUACGAUUGGACCGAAGCAACGGGUUCGGACUAUUGCUCAUGGCGAGGGGUCACCUGCGACAACAUCACCUUCAACGUCGUUGCUCUUAACCUAUCAGGGUUGAAUCUUGAUGGAGAGAUCGCGCCGGCAUUUGGAAAUCUGAAAGGCCUUGUAUCUAUCGACUUGAAGGCGAACCGUCUGUCCGGACAGAUACCGGAUGAGAUUGGCGAUUGUUCCUCCCUGAAAGUACUGGACUUGUCCUUCAACAAUAUCUAUGGAGAUAUACCGUUUUCAAUAUCAAAGUUGAAGCGAUUGGAGAGCUUGAUUUUGAAGAGCAACCAAUUGAUAGGACCCAUCCCAUCAACCCUGUCUCAGAUUCCCAAUCUAAAGACUUUGGACCUCGCACAAAACAAACUGAGUGGGGAAAUACCCAGGCUGAUUUACUGGAAUGAAGUUUUGCAAUACCUGGGCCUGCGAGGGAAUAAUUUAGAAGGGACCCUCUCACCCGACAUGUGCCAGUUGACUGGGCUGUGGUACUUUGAUGUGAAGAACAACAGCUUGACUGGGAACAUACCAAAGAAUGUUGGGAACUGCACCAGUUUUCAAGUUUUGGACUUAUCUUAUAAUCAGCUCACCGGAGAGAUCCCCUUUAACAUCGGGUUUUUGCAAGUUGCAACUUUAUCUUUGCAAGGGAACAAGUUUACUGGUUUCAUUCCAUCUGUGAUUGGUCUGAUGCAGGCUCUUGCAGUGCUAGAUCUUAGCAAUAAUCUUUUAACUGGGCCAAUACCUCCUAUAUUGGGCAACUUGACAUACACAGAGAAACUGUAUCUGCAAGGCAAUAAACUGACAGGACCCAUUCCCCCAGAGCUUGGUAACAUGACAAGGCUUCGUUAUCUGGAACUGAAUGAUAACAAUCUCACUGGGCACAUCCCACCAGAGCUUGGGAACCUCACUGAUUUAUUUGACCUUAACAUUGCUAAUAACAAUCUUCAAGGACCAAUUCCUGAGAACUUGAGCUCAUGUGCGAACCUUAUUAGCUUCAAUGCGCCUGGGAACAACUUAAAUGGAACCAUUCCACAGGCAUUCAGAAAUCUUGAAAGUAUGACAUACUUGAAUCUUUCAUCAAACAAUCUGACAGGCCCUAUCCCCAUUGAACUAUCAAGAAUUGGCAAUUUGGAUACUCUCGAUAUCUCAUGUAACAAGAUUAGUGGCCCCAUUCCUCCUUCCAUUGGCAAUUUAGAGCAUCUCUUGAAAUUAAACUUGAGCAACAACCAUCUUAAUGGGUCCAUCCCUGCUGAGUUUGGAAACUUGAGGAGUAUUAUGGAGAUUGAUUUGUCAAAUAAUCACCACUCAGGCCCAAUUCCUGCUGAAUUUACCCAGCUACAAAGUCUGACGUUACUAAAUUUAGAAAACAACAAUUUAUCAGGUGAUUUGAUGCCGUUAACUAACUGUUUCAGUCUUGCUAUACUGAAUGUAUCGAACAACGGUUUGGCUGGUGAUAUUCCUACUGCCAACAACUUCUCCCGUUUUCCACCAGAAAGCUUCAUAGGAAACCCGGGUCUUUGUGGCUAUUGGAUCAGUUCUCUAUGUCAUUCAUCCCAUCCACCAGAGAGAGCCUCGAUCUCUAAAGCUGCCAUUCUGGGCAUUGCAUUGGGUGCACUUGUGAUCCUUUUGAUGAUCCUAGUGGCUGCAUGCAGGCCACACCAUCCACCACCAUUUUCAGAUGGCUCUAUAAACAAACCUGUUAACAAUAUCUCGCCAAAACUUGUUAUCCUCCACAUGAACAUGGCGCUUCAUGUAUAUGAAGACAUAAUGAGAAUGACUGAAAACUUAAGCGAGAAGUACAUAAUAGGGUAUGGUGCCUCAAGCACUGUGUACAAAUGUGUGCUGAAGAACUGCAAGCCAGUGGCCAUCAAACGGCUUUAUUCUCACUGCCCCCACAACCUGAAGGAAUUUGAGACUGAGCUGGAGACAGUUGGGAGCAUCAAACACCGGAAUCUGGUUAGCCUUCAAGGUUACUCCUUGUCGCCGUCUGGCAACUUACUCUUCUACGACUACAUGGAGAAUGGCAGCCUGUGGGAUCUACUACACGGUCCGACAAAGAAGAAAAAGCUGGACUGGGAUUCUCGACUUCGAAUUGCACUGGGAGCGGCACAGGGAUUGGCUUAUCUCCACCAUGACUGCAGCCCUCGAAUUAUUCACAGGGAUGUAAAGUCAUCAAACAUACUCUUGGACAAGGAUUAUGAGUCUCAUCUCACAGACUUUGGUAUAGCAAAGAGCCUAUGCGUCUCCAAGACCCAUACCUCCACCUACGUCAUGGGCACCAUCGGGUACAUCGAUCCCGAGUACGCUCGGACUUCCCGCCUCAAUGAGAAGUCUGAUGUUUACAGCUAUGGAGUCGUCCUGCUCGAGCUUCUGACUGGAAAAAAGGCUGUGGACAAUGAGUGCAAUCUCCAUCAGUUGAUACUGUCAAAGGCAGCAACCAAUGCAGUCAUGGAGACGGUGGAUCCGGACAUCACCUCCACAUGCAAAGAUCUCGGCGAGGUCAAGAAAGUAUUUCAGCUGGCCCUACUCUGCACCAAGAGGCAGCCAUCGGACCGGCCAACCAUGCACGAGGUGACCCGCGUCCUGGGAUGCCUCGUCCAGCCCGGUCCGCCGCCGAAGCAGUCCCCGCCGCCGCUUCCUCUGCCGCCGCCCCCGUCGGUGCCCAGCUACAUCGACGAGUACGCCAACCUCAAGAGCCCCAACACCCUGACCUGCACUGCCUCCCUCAGCACUUCAGAUGCUCAACUCUUCCUCAAAUUUGGCGAGGUGAUAUCGCAGAACACUGAGUAAUUGUGUAGCUUACCAGUGUAAUGACAUUUUGGCAGCGGAUAUUGUACGUACAAAUGCCCUCACUGUAAAAAUUGGGAUGCUGGUGUUUUAGUUGUAGCAUUGGAAUCAUGUGAACUGCUCUUCAAUAGUUUUUGGAUGGUAUGAGGAAAAGCUGGCGGCCAGUGCUGUUUGAGAUGAA